AAGAAGUGCAAGAGCCCAAGCCGCCUCCAUGGCCCCAGGAAGGAUUCAGGGGAGAGGCCCCAUCCAGGGAGCCACUCCAACCAGACAGCGUGGCCAGAAUGGAGCUGACUGAACUGCUCCUCGUGGUCAUGCUUCUCCUAACUGCAAGACUGAAUCUAUGCCUUCCGGCUCCUCCAGCCUGUGACCCCCGUCUCCUAAAUAAACUGCUUCGUGAUUCCCAUGUCCUUCACAGCAAAUUGAGCCAGUGCCCAGACGUUAACCCUUUGUCCACACCUGUCCUGCUGCCUGCUGUGGACUUUAGCCUGGGAGAAUGGAAAACCCAGAAGGAGCAGACCAAGGCACAGGACGUUCUGGGAGCCGCGACCCUUCUGCUGGAGGGAGUAAUGGCAGCACGGGGACAACUGGGACCCACCUGCCUCUCAUCCCUCCUGGGACAGCUUUCUGGACAGGUCCGCCUCCUCCUCGGGGCCCUGCAGGGCCUCCUAGGAACCCAGCUUCCUCCACAGGGCAGGACCACAGCUCACAAGGAUCCCAAUGCCAUAUUCCUGAGCUUCCAACAACUGCUCCGAGGAAAGGUGCGCUUCCUGCUGAUUGUAGUAGGGCCCACUCUCUGUGCCAAGCAGGCCCUGCCCACUAUAGCUGGCCCAAGCAAUACCUCUGUAGUCCUCACACUACACAAGCUCCCAAACAGGACUUCUGGAUUUUUGGAGACAGACUCCCGUGUCUCAGCCAGAACUACUGGCUUUGGACUUCUGAAGAGGCUGCAGGGAUUCAGAGCCAAGAUUCCUGGUCGGCUGAACCAAACCUCCAGGUACCUAGACCAAAUCCCUGGACACGUGAACAGGACACACGGACCCUUGACUGGAACUCAUGGACUCUUUCCUGGACCCUCACCCAGGGCUCUAGGAGCCCCAGACAUCCUUCCAGGAACUUCAGACAUGAGCUCCCUGCCACCCGACCUCUGGCCUGGAUAUUCUCCUUCCCCAACCCAUCCUCCUACUGGGCAAUACACACUCUUCUCUCCUUCACCCACCUCACCCACUCCCCCAAUCCAGCUCCAGCCUCCACUUCCUGACCCCUCUGUCACACCCAACUCUGCCAGUCCUCUUCUAAUUGCACCCCACCCUCACUUCCAGAAUCUGUCUCAGGAGGAGUAAGGUACUAGGGCCCUGCCAGCUUCAGCACUGUCUCCCAUGUAAAGUUCCCUUAACCGGAGGGGAGGCCCUGGGAAUCAAGUUAUACCAGAUUUCCUGCUUUCACCUGAAACCCAAAGCCCUGCUAAAGCGGGAUACACAGGACAGAAAAGGGGAUCAUUUUUCACUGUAUAAUGUAAAACUUCAGAAGCUAUUUUUUUAAGCUAUCAAUAAUAUUCACUAGAGCGUCUAGUUAUCUU